AUGGACGUGAUCAGAAAUGUUCAAGUAGCUAAAGAUGAUUACGAAAGAAAAAAAAACAAAUAUGGAAAACCAAAGUAUUUGGAUUCCAGCGAUGAAGUACCUAUUUCUGAAAACAUCUCAUCUUCGACAAGUUGUGAAACAAAAACUGCUAAACGUCAAGUUGCACACGCCAUGUAUUUGCAGCCCGUCGGUAAGAUACCUAAUUUUGAAAAAUUGCCAUCUUCGAAAAGUCAUAAUUCGGAAAUCGUCGAACAUCAUCUUGAACACGCCAUCCUCUACCAGAAUGUCACCCAAUUGAUGGAGAAACGUGAGGAAUUUGCCUUGAUCGAAGAUGACUUCGGACCGACUCUGGAAAAAUUAAUGAAAGAUGGUAAAACACCAUCGUUUCAAAAUCUGGUGGAAGCUUGCAGUACAUACGACAACACUAAAGAUAUCGAAGUGCACACCAAAAAGAGUAGUUCAACUUGUGCAUAUUUCAUGGACAGAGGACUUUCUCAAGAUGAGGCAAAAGCGUACGCUUUUGCUAUCGCAUUCUACACAGGUGCAUACAGCUGGGCAAUGAGUAUGGAGGCGAAUUUUGCCAUUCGACGAUUAACCAAACAGGAACAGUUUUACUCGGACGAAGCUAGAGUCGAUGGUAAGGCAGCCAUGAUUAUGUAUUAUCUUAUUAAAGGCCUCUCGCAUAUCGAUUUUUACUGGGGCGAGGUGAUUGAACUUGGACUGAGCAAAUAUGUAGUGCUGUGGGUUGAUGAUAAUAUUUUUGAUGGAGGUUGGGAAAACAAACGGCAUAUGGAAAAAGCCAGUACUCUAGGAACUCGUGUCAACGUCCAUUUCGUUCCUAAAUCGAACACAGAAUCAGCACUAACAUUUCUUCGCUCGGAAUUCGGGCAGCGACUCAAAAAUAGCAACACAUUUCGCAUCGUCACUGAUAUGAAGCGAACGAAUGAGAGCUUGCCUAGCACAGCAGGCGUUCGACUAAUACAUGAAGCCCGUGAACUUGGUUUUCAUCAGACUUGCCUAAUAUUCACAGGACAUGAAGAGUCAGCAUAUGAAAAGCUGAUCAAACAAUUUGGUACUAAGAAUCCAGAAGGUGUCAAGGUAACUCAAGAUGAUGCUGAACUAGAAAAGUUUGUAAUUUUCAACGGCUCCUAA